UCCGCCUCUCGCGAUAGCGGCGACGCGGUGCGUGCGUGCGGCGGGCGGGUUCGGUCCGGCGCCAUUUUGCCAAGGGUCGGUUGCGCGCUCGUCCAUUGUCUCCGCUCGUCGUCGGUAUCAGCGCGGCACCAUGGCGCAGGAAGAGGAAAUCUUUACUUCUCUGGAGCCAGAGAGGGGGGAGGAGGAAGAGGAGGAGGAGGUUGAAGGCGAGCGUGAAGGUGACCGUGACCUAGACCUUGACGGUGAAGGUGACCGCGACGGUGAAGCUGAUCGUGACGGUGACGGUGAAGGUGACCGUGAAGUGGACCGUGAAGGGGACGUUGAAGGCGAAGAGAAAGAGGAGUCUGAGGAGCCCACGAAGGAGGAGGACUACGUAGUUCGGGUACGGGGUUUACCUUGGUCGUGUACACCAGAGGAAGUGAUUCGUUUCUUUUCAGAAUGUGAUAUUCGAAACGGAUUGCGUGGUGUGCAGUUUACUACCUCGAAAGAUGGCCGUCCGAGCGGUGAAGCUUAUGUGCAUCUAGAUAACGAAGCGGACUUUAAAAAAGCUGUGGCCAAAGACAGAAAAUAUAUGGGCCACAGAUACAUUGAAGUUUUCAAAUCUAACGGCAGUGAAAUGGAUUGGGUUCUAAAACAUAACGGUGCCACUCCUUCUGAUACAUCCAACGAUGGCACAGUGCGACUUCGGGGACUUCCAUUUGGUUGCAGCAAGGAGGAAAUAGUUCAGUUUUUCACAGGGUUGGAAAUCGUGCCAAAUGGGAUAACUUUGCCGAUGGACUACCAGGGGGGGAGAAGCACAGGGGAGGCCUUCGUGCAGUUUGCUUCAAAGGAGAUAGCAGAAAAAGCACUGGGGAAACACAAGGAAAGAAUAGGGCACAGGUAUAUUGAGAUAUUUAAAAGCAGCAGAAGCGAGGUGCGGGCAUACUAUGAUCCCCCAAAGCGGCUGAUGGGACAGAGACCGGGCCCAUACGACCGUCCGAUGGGACGAGGUGGUUACCUUGGAGCUGGUCCCCAGCGAGGGAACGCUUACGAUCGUAUGCGUCGAGGAGGUGGUUAUGGUGGUGGAUAUGGUGGGUAUGACGACUACAACGGCUAUGACAACUAUGGCUAUGGGAACGAUGAAUACGAUGGACCUGGCGCUAUGAGAGGCAACAGAGGUAUGGGGAACCAUGGAUAUGGAGGAGCUGGAGACGCCAGCUCGGGCUAUCUGAGUGGACACUUUGUGCACAUGCGUGGUCUACCGUUCCGGGCAUCCGAGGAUGACGUUGCACACUUCUUUUCCCCUCUGAACCCUCUUCGCAUUCACCUGGAGUAUGGAAACGACGGUCGGGCCACAGGGGAAGCUGACGUUGAAUUUGCAACACACGAGGACGCGGUAGCCGCCAUGUGUAAGGAUAAAGCUCACAUGCAGCAUCGUUACAUUGAACUCUUCUUGAACUCCACUGCUGGCGGAGGGUCUAGCGGCUACGGUGGCGGCUAUGGGAUGGGAAACCAGGGAGGCUACGGCGCCUCGGGGAAUCACGGGAUGUCCGGUAAUUACGCCGCCGGUUACGGGAGUCAGACCAGCAUGGGCUCAUACGAUCUGGCCUGAACAGCUGUCUAUUUCCUGAUUCUGUGUAAGAAGAUUGAUGAGGUUCGGGCAAUGGAUGUCAUCAACAUGGACUUCAGUAAAGCAUUUCAUAAGGUCCCUCAUGAUAGGCAGUUCUAGAAGAUUAAGUUACAUGGGAUCCACAGUGAGUUGGUGAUUUAGAUACAAAACUGGCUUGGUGAUAGAAAACAGAAGGUAAUAGUGAAGGGGACACAAGUGAUUGCAGAUGUUGGAAUCUAUGGAGAGAAUGGACAGACAACGUUUGGGUCGGGAUCCUUCUACAGACCCUUCAGUGAAGGGGAUUUUUCAGUCUGGAGGUCUGACCAUUGGUGUUCUGCAACGAUCAGAACUGAGGUCAUGGUUUGGAUUUUAGUGUCUGCAAACUUACAAAGCAUGUCUCGUAUACUCUCAUCCAAGUCACUAAUACAGAUGAGAAACAGCAAUGGACCCAGUAGCGAUCGCCGAGGCACACACAACUAAUCACAGGCCUACGGACUGAAAAACAAUCUUCCGUCACCACCCUCUGUUUCCCACCAUUAAGCCAAUUGUGUAUCCAGCUCUCUGGAUCCCAGGCAAUCUAACCUUCCAGUGCAGCCUAUCAUGUGGAACUUUUAAGGCCUAGCUGAAAUCCUAAUAGACUACACGUGGUCUUGUCCUCAUCAACCUUCUUGUUUAUUUCUUAAACUCAAAUCAAAUUCCUCAGAGAUUGUUCCACACACAAAACCAUGCCGACAAUUCCUAAUCCACCCUCUGCUUUUCCAAAUUCAUGUAUUCCUCAGAAUCCACUCCCGUACCUUUCCUUCACACAUAUUCAGCUCGCUGGUCUAUAGUUUACAAACUUUUAUUUGCAAUGUUUUUUUUAAAUGCCCCCAUAGUCUCCUCAAUUCUCUAUACCCCUCUAGGGAUAUAUUUGACCACAGCUGCCUGUCCCUGACCCAGGCCUCUUAUUUCCUGCUACGAGCCUCAAUUUCCCUCAUUCUCCAGAGUUCCUUAUCCUUUUCACUUCAUCAGGGACAUGCAAACUCUCACUACCACACUUGAAAAAGCAUCACACUUUCUGGAACUGAAAAGUCGGUUGGCAGGAUUAAAGUACCAUACUUGUAAAUUUUCUUCAGAUUAUGUAAGUUUGUGCAGGAAACACACUAACCCUAUCGAGGUAACAUGCAAGGAGAUUUUGCUUUCUAAAACAUCGCAUCAUGAGCACCGUCACAGCAGAUAAAGUCCACUAGGAUUCUUUAUAAAAUUACCUGCAGUGCCUUGUUAGCCUCCUUAACGGUCUCAAUUUUGAGCUUUGACCUAUAAAAAAUGAAAAAGAAAACACUGCAGAGAAAUUAUUAUAACAAGGCAUCUGCAAGAUAGAUUGCACCCUCAUAAAUCAUUAAUGAUUAUUACCCUCGUCCCGCCAACCCUGCCCACACCACAUACAUACAUACAUACACAUUACCCAUUACGAAUGAACAUCUUUCAUCGGGGAAUGGGGAAAGAGUACAAAUGAAUCAACAGCAUGACCAAUAAGAUGAGAGGGGUGGUUUACUCGCUGAGUUUGUAGCCCAGUUCCUGCAAUGCCUGCUCCUGAUCAUUGCAGAUUCUCUGCAGCUGUCCAUUCUCUUCUUGUAACCCAAGGAAUUCCUACAAAACAAUAAACAGAUUUAUCAAGUU